AUGACGCCCCUGGUCCUGGACGUGGCUGGGUUAAGCCCAGUUUUCGGGGGCGACGGCUUCAACAUUAUACCCCAGCCCUUUGGAGCAGAGGGUCAAAUCGACUUCCGUGGCAGUGGAUUCGACUGGCUAGACUUUGACGUCUCCAGUAUUGAUCUGGACUUGAGCCGCGAUCACCUGAUGGAUGCUGAUGCUGCCUCGUCGAACCCUCAUCCUGGUGUCACGAAUCCACCUGCCAUGGACGCUGCAGCCGCUUCGUCAACAACGCAGCCUCGACAAAAUGUGUUGCCAUGGCCGUUUGAACAAGGUCAGGACACUCAAGCACCGCGAUUCCCGCUACCUCGACUUCAUCAGAUUCUCCCUCAGCCAAUUCCUGGGGCACAACCCCCUGCCGCCGACAGCCUCAUGCGGCUCCUUUCUUGCCAGCAACUCCCGCAUCCCAACGAAUUGAUCAACACAAACAUGUCUCCAGGAUUGGAGCUGCUCCGGCAGCUCAUUGAUGUGUACUUUUCUGGGUUCCAGAUCAUCCAGUCUAUAGUGCACGCUCCAACGUGGAACGUGACGGACUGUCCCACAGUUCUGCUGACCGCUAUGGCUUGCAUUGGAUCAGCAUUAUCAGGGGAAAGUGACGUUCUCGAAUUGUCCGGCUCCCUUAGCGAUUUUUGUGGUUCAAUGAUUACUUGGCCUGACAUUCGCCAGGGUGUAUCCGACAACUCGAACUACUCUGACGUGUCUUAUCUUGCCGCGUUGUGCUUGCACCAGAUUUAUUCCCUUGGAUCCGGCAACCGUCAGUUGUAUCAAAAUGCGGACAGAACUCGCGGCGUUCUGAUCGGAAGCCUACGAGGGCUAGGGCUGCUGAGCUCGCGAAUCAGCUUACAACAGGCGACUCCUGAGGAUGCUGGCUCAACGAUACACGACCCCCGCGUAGUCCACGCGGAGUGGAUUGCAUGGGCUACCCGCGAGAGAGAUCGGCGUGUUGCUUGGGCGUCCUUCGAAUACGAUUGCAGCCUGUGCACCCUCACUAACAGACGGGGUGCGGUUGAUCUGAGCGAGUUGCCCGCCAGACUGCCUUGUUCGGACAGCCUCUGGGAAGCCCAGUCUGCGAAUGCCUGGGCAGCUCUCAAAUCCCGCUCGCCCCAUCGAGCUCAAGGAGCAAUGCUGUCCAGUGUCCUUGGCUCGACAAUUUCCGGACGGCCUUUGACAGAGCAUGUCUCCAUGUGGGGGAAGCGGCUGUGUGCCCAGAUCAUUGGGCGACUACUGUGGGAUCUGAAGCAACUGGAGACAUUGUCGACCCCCGAAUACUGUGGCCUACCGUCGUUGUUCAAAAGCCAUCAACAGUCCAAGGUGUCCCUGUUACGGGGCCUAGACUCACUCCUGUCUCUCAUGACCGAGCCUGCCUCCACCUCGGACCUGGUCAGCUACAAGUACGUCAUCUCGUCUCUCCUGUGUCACUACUCGCACAUGUACGCCGCCGAUGACAUCAUGGACAUUAUCUUGUUCAUCGUCCGAAAUGUUGUGUCCAAGGGGCCAUCAUCCGAUGAACGGCUGGAUAUGGCGCGACAACGGCUCACGGCGGGGCUCAAAUCUGAUCCCAAAAGGGCCAGGAAGCUUCUGUGGCAUGCUGGCCAGAUCGUGGCGGUGGCAAAUGAGUAUCUUGUCUCGGCACCUUGCGAGAUUAUGCGACUCUUCAUGGCCUACAUCUUCAUUCUCACCUACGCCAAGUACUCUGCGCGUUCUGCGGAGCACUACACCGGUGUGAAAGUACGGUUGGAUGUUACCAGCCGUCAUGCUGAUCAGAGAAAGGCCAUCGCGGAGUGGGUACAACAGGGUGGUCCGGCACAGAUCGGCUCGGCCCAGGACGUCUUGUCCAAAGCGUCAACCACCAACAUCACCAGAGAUGCACAUAUCAUGUUCCAACGACUGCACUCAUGGGGCCUGGCAGAAAAAUUUGCAAAGAUUCUGCAAUGCUUCGAGAAUAACGAGAAGUAA